AUGGCUGACCUAUCGUUAAACAAACCGGGGAAGGGUGUUGCCUCCAGCAUUUCCUCGACCAGAAGCGGUGUCUUUCGUCAUGCGCUUCUCAAAACCUCUUCAGGGCGCCCAAUGAUGAUUGAGAGAGACCUGCCUGUGCCUCCUAUUCUCAGCCGUCAAGCUAGCAACAAUCUUCUCAAGGGCGAACAGAAAGAAAUAGUUGGCUACGAAAACAAUUUGAAGAUUGCGAUUCCAUCGAGGAAGCACCCGCACUCUCAAAUGCAGGGCAGCUCUCCCCAGUUUGGUAGCACACAACUUAUGGAUUCCACACCUAACACCGACCCGUCGUUUCAGCGGGAGCCUGUCUGCGUUGAUCCCCUUAUACACCCAGACCAGUCGCAUAUCAAAGUCCACCACCGCGGUCUUCUCAAAGGUGCUGACUUUUGCGACACUGGUGUUCCUGGACAACCAGUCGCUCAGCAACCCGAUGAACUCGUAUGCUCUUCCUCACCAUCUCCUGUUUCCUCGGAGGCAGAAGUCAUCCAGGCCACAGUUCGGCGAGCAAUGACGGGCGAUGACCUAUGUCUUUCUACUGUCAACAUCACCCUUCCAAGGCACGGCGGUCACAGUCAUGCCAUAAAGGUGCGGCCAGCAUUCAAUCUACCCACCUUUCAUUACCCCAUCGUGGAUCAAGAACCCCAAUAUCCUCUUGCAACCUCCAAGGUGCGGCCUUUCGAUCCGGCCAAGGAACAUCUGCUCUCCGACAAUAGCACUGUUGAAGCGCCAGUUUUAAACAACACGGAUGAAGGACCUGCGAACAUCCCAGUCUCUAAAGUACGACCGUUUACUCAAGAACCACCCCAAUUGAACCGCCACGCAGGACACCAGUCGGUAUCCAAGGUACGAGCUUUCAGUGACGAGUCUAAAACCAACACCGAGAAGGAUCGAGAGAAGUACUUUGCCAUUGGUUCAGACAAAUCGGCGAAUGAUGAGCCUGCCAAGGUCGACGAGGCACAAUCACCCACUACACCGCGCUCCAGAGAAAGCACUAUCGACUAUAAACGCACCGCACAGUGGCUCCGGGAUCUAGUGAAGAAUUCAAAUGCACAUACUACUCAGUUGACAAAAAGGCCAUCCAAAACGACGCGCCCAUCGUACGCUGCACUGAGGGACUCUCUAUGGGAUGACCCAUCCCCUCCCAAGAUAAGUCGGCAAACAACCCUACCGCCUUCAGAUGUGGAGCCUGGUAUUUUCCAAAGCACUUUUGGAGAGCUAGAGCGUUUGCUGAAUGAGGCGUUGUCGUUAGCAUCACGGGUUGCGGAUCAUGAAGAAGCAAGGGCUCCAAAUCUCGAGCAAUCCCCUUGCUAUACCUCGAAUGGGGUGGUAUCGCCGGCGAUUCCAUUUGACGAAACUCCGCAAUUCUCGGACAUCGAUUUGAAUGAAAGCAAGGCGCCAAACCAACAACCUCAAAGACGUGCUGCCACUUUCCCAAAUACUGCUCGGCCCACUGUGCAUGGUGUGGACGAACUGUACAGAAACAUUUCUCUGACUCCACAGACAACAGAGCUUGAGAAUAUUCUUGGGCGGAAUACCAAAGCCCAUCAGGUCACCAGGAAAAUUCAACGCAGACGAAAGUCUCGUUCCCGUCAAGCUGGUCCUAUACCAGAGAGAAUCUCAAGCAGGAAAAAGAGCAAAAGUCUGAUGAAAAAGAAGCGUACCAUAUCGAAUCCAAAAGGUAGACCACUUCCUCGAGACUCAGAUGUAUCCAGUAUGGAUGGGUCUAGCGAAUCCUCCCUCAUCGACUAUUCGAAUCAAUUUCAGACUCAGAACGAGAGUAAUGGACCAGCUCGUCCUAGAGCGAGCACCAAGCGAGUUCCCUUUAUAUCUCGGAAUACCGGCGAAGAUGCUCUUCCAGAAAGAGAUAUGGCAGGUCGUCCAAUUCAUAACAGCCGUGGCAUCAGUCUGCGAGGAAAGUCCCAUGUCAGCCUGCGCGGCGUACAAGCUUUCAGUCUGCCCAAGUCGAAACGACGCCAACAGAUUGCCCGAGACUGGUCUCCGGUCCGGAAGAGAGCGAUCGCGGCGGUGGCAUGCAUCAGCACAGCACUCAUCGGCCUAAUCAUCGGAAUCUACGCCGGCUUGGUACCGUCACUACAGUACUACAUCCUCGACACGAGUCACUCAAUCAUCAACGGAAACGUUGGCUGCUUUCUGGGUAUGGCUAUCCCGACAUUUUUCUGUUGGCCGCUUCCCCUCGUGCAUGGACGCAAGCCAUACAUCACAUCCGGUCUGGUCUUGUCAAUGCCGCUACUCUUCCCACAAGCCCUAGCUCGGAUGGUGUUGCUGACAACCCGUGGUUUCAUGGGUGUCUGCCUUGGUUUCGCGAGCAUGAACUUCCAUUCCAUACUCACAGACCUCUUCGGUGCAUCUCUAAUGAGCAGCAAUCCUCACCAGGAAGUUGUCGAUGACUUCGAUGUAAGGAGACACGGCGGUGGCAUGGGUGUCUGGCUAGGUAUCUGGACGUGGUGCUACAUUGCUUCUCUCGGCUUUGGAUUCCUGAUCGGCGCAGCGGUGAUUGACCAGCUCCAACCAGCCUGGGGGUUCUACAUCAGCAUCAUCCUCGUGGCUGUGGUCCUGUUGUUAAACACCCUUUGUCCCGAAGUACGCCGCUCCGCCUUCAGAAGAUCGGUCGUUGAAGUCAGAACCGGUGCUGAUAUCACUCGGCGCGUUGCUCGGGGUGAGAUCAUGAUGCACCGUGUCAAAACCGGCCCAAGAUGGUGGGGACAGGAGCUGUAUCAUGGAGUCGCUCUUUGUUUCGAAAUGCUACGACAGCCCGGAUUCGCAAUCAUUGCGGUUUACUCCGGCUGGAUAUACGCUCAAGUUGUUCUCGUCAUCGUCUUGCUGGGUUCACUAUCUUCGAGGUUUUAUCGAAUGCGUUCUCCAUACGUCGGGCUCAUGGUCGCUGCGAUGGCAUUUGGGGCUGUAAUUGCAAUACCCUUCCAAAAGGCGAGCUAUUUUUCCAGGGCAAGACACACACAAGUCAACACCAGCCGCUUGACGUUCGACAAGCAAAUCACAUGGACAUCGCAUCUCCUCCGCCGCUCCGUGUUCGCUAUCGGUCUUCCUCUGGCAGGUCUCGUCUACACCUUGGUAUCCACAGGCCCACCGAUGCAUCCUAGUGCUCCUGCCAUUGUUGCUGCUGCGAUUGGCUUUCUUUCAUGUCUGGCAAUCUCGGAAUGCAAUGGACUCAUUAUGGAAACGUUUGAUACUUCAGAUCUUCAACCUGGGAUGAUGGGGCGUCUGCCAGGCAACUCUGACGUCGCCCGUAGAAAGAAGAACUAUUCAGCCUACCCUCGUGUCACCGCCGGGUUCGCCGUCUGCCAUACUCUAGGAUUCAUUUUUGCAGCUGGGGCCACCGCACUCGGCGGCAUGGCGCAAAGGAACCUGGGUCAGAGGGCAGCUACUGGAGUGGUUGCCGGUAUCUUGUUCUUUUUGACAGUCAUGCUGUUGCUAGCUCUGGCUCGCUUCAAAGAGGUUGUAAUUAUUCCCGAGAGCAAAGCAGAAGAGAUGGACAAGUGGACUGCCGCUCGAAGACAAUCUAUUAGACGCCGCGACUCACUACCGGUCGGUACAGUCGACGAUAAAGAUGUCAUCGCCGAAGAAGAGCCAUGGCGCCCUUUUAUCGUGGGGAACCCCACUAGCAAGACACGGCGAGUCAACGUGCUCGAGCUGGGCAGCAUGUCGCGUUUCACCGAGAUCAGAAAGAGGAACAAACUCAUUGAUGCUAACCAGCAUCUCAAUCGAGCCGCGUUAGAUGCUGGGCUGGAUGCCCUCGAUGACCAGAUCAGCGACAUCGUGAGUGACAUUGUCAGUGAUGCUAAAGAUCUCGUGGGAAGAAACAGCCAACCAAGCCAGCGCACUUCUCGCUCGCGGCGGAAUCAUCGAAGUGCCACGAGCGAGGAGAGUGGCCAUUCAUCUAUUGAGAUGAAUUCCAUGGAUGACAGACUUUCACUUAAUGGUCAUCGUCAAAGAGCUCCACCUGAUAUCUAUAAUAAGCGAGAGUGUCUUCGGGGCCAGACGGUGAAGGAGGAAUGA